UAUGUCGAAAAUAAUAAAUAUAAAUGUACAGUAAACUAUUUUAUUAUAAUAUAAUAGUCACGCCUUCUCAUUACUGGGGUAGGCUGUUAGGUAUUUUGCUGCAUUGUGAUCGAAUUCCGUAGUAAUCUAUACAUUUAUUAAAGGUGGCAACACUAUACUGAAUUAUGGCCCGAUAUUCUGGGCUUGGCAAGACAUAAGUUUCUUUUUAUUCUGCAAAAAAAAAAUGUAAAGAUAGAGGAAUAGAAAAAAAUAACUUUUUAGUUUUCUUUUAACAAGCUGCAAAUACGGAAUUAUACACUUACAAAAAUGUGUCAAGUUCCUAGUAAGUAUUCACUCUACUCUACGGUGUAGACAUUGCAUUAUAACGGCCACCCGGAGGCUCUGUUAAGGGUAUCUUGUUUUUAUGUUAUUCUUAAAACUGUUUAAUUAGUCUGCACGGAUAGCCGAGUGGUUGAAGUCAUCACGCCAAAACCACUGAGCACGUCUUGUCGCGGGUUCGAUCACCGCAUAGGACGAGCAUUUUUGAGAUCCACGAUUGCUUUCCCGCAAAAUGCCUCGCGACACAAGUAUUGAAAUCAUUACUGCGGGGGCCUUUGUAAAAAAAUAAUUUAAACUUUUGACAAGAAUAUGAGACCCUGAAUCGGUGUAGUGUUAUACCCCUUUAAUAAUACAUUAGCCAAUAUCGUACGAUAACUGAUAUUUGUGAUUAUAAUUAGUAAGUUUUAAAACUAGUUUCUUAGUAACAGGAAUUUAAAAAAAUUACAUACUUAAUACUUCUGAAUAUUUGAGUAGGUCGAAAGAAAUAUGUAAUUUCUAUAUACAGUCAACAGCGCAUCAUUUGGAACAUAAUGUCAAUAGAAAAUCAACCUUAUCGUCUUAAAUAUAAAGUAUAAAAUUGCGCUACCACUAUUAUGCUGCUGUCUGUAAUAGACUAGGAAAUAAACUCUUGACGUAUCAUGUAGUUGAUUUACCGACAUCGCUAUCCUGUUUUACCGACCGAACCAAUUUGAUAGAAUCUUGUAGCAAAAUAGUUAUUAAUGUUUAUUAACUACGAGCUCGUAAAGAAGGACUUGCCGUUGUACGAGCGAGACACCGUUAACGUUGCGGUGUUUUUUCUCUCGCUUCGAUAACGGCAAUAGUUCUGCUUAAGAGCUCGCAAUAGUCUGGCUUUGGUUAUUAAAAUUAUUCAAAAUAUUUUUCAAUUACAAUUCUAAAAACUUGCAUUUUUAAUACAAUCUUUAAUUAAUUUGUCGGGAAUAAAUUUUAAAUACUUUCCACUUCAUUGUUAAAAGAGGCUUAGUCAAUAACUAUGUUAUAUAGUUAAUCUACAGUUUUAAACUACCCAAUUACGAAACAAUGAAUUAGUAAUAAAAAUAAAUCAAUCAAUGCUUAAUUUACAAAAUAUAUUUUGGCUUAAAUUAAGAAAUGUUUAUAAAAAAGUCUACUUAAUAUUUUUGUAUUACGUGAUUUUGAUCUCGAAGUAGUAAAAUGUAGUUUAAAACGUUAGCUAUACGCUGGCUUAUUUUGUUAAUAAACAGCUAAACCAAUUCGGAACGAUCGUAUAAUAUUAAUAGACUAAUUUCUCUUUCCUAAAAAAGUAUUUAAUAGAAACUAUUUUUGAAUGAUACAGGGACUGUAUUAUAGAGUUUUGAAACUUUCAUUGGUUGUUGUGUGAAAGAGAAAGUGCUAUCGGAACUUAUAAAAUGAUUGUUUUUAAACAAUAAUACAGCCUUCGAUAUUCAGGACUAACUUAUCUUACGUAUUUUUACCAAGAAAGUUAACAGUUAUUGGAAGGGGCUGAAAAAUAUUUCACAAACAGGCCUGCUGGUCCAGUGGUUAGUGGUACACCGGAUGUCGUGGGUUCGAUUCCCACCCAGGACAAAUGUUUGUGUAUCAUUUAUUCUGUAUUCUGGGUGUAAUUUAUCUAUAAUAUGUAUGUAUAUGUUUAUGUGAUAGCCACAUUUUGGUACGUAAGAUAAGUUAGUCCUAUCAAUUAAUUAUUCAGUAAUUAAUAAUAUUACAAUAUUUAUUUAUUUCUCGGGUGUCAAGGGGUCCAUACAACAGUUACUCAUAAUAUUCCACAAUUGUCCAUGUUUCAUUAUGUGAUAAUAAAUUAAAUGUUUUAUUUUGUGGUUUUCUAUUAGUUUCAAAUGUUAAUUACCUGGUGUAAAUUAUUGAUGAAUUUUAAAAAUAAAUUAUUUAAAUUAUGAUAUUUUUUAUUUGUUUUCUUUUUUCUACCUUUUUACAUUUUAUAAACCUAGUGUAUUUACUACGUUGCCACAUAGAUUAAAUUACAUUUUGUCAAUGUGAUCGUGCAGCGGCAGGUCGAAAUUACAUUUUUCGUACACAUUAUUUUUUAUUUUCUUUAUUUAAAAUAGUUAACACAAAUUAUUAUAAUUUCCUUUUGUUGUUAAUGACUGUAAACUUAAUCAUUGCUCAGCACUUUAGUGACAACUAAAAAAGAAAAACCGGACAAAUAACUUGUCAUAUUGACAGCAUCAAAGUCUUACAAACGUAGCGACCGACAAAUACAAUUUUAUCAGGAAUCUAAUAAUAAUCUAGUAUACAAAGUUAUAAACAGUUAAAAAUGUCGUCGGUCCGAAUAGCAAGGAUGGAGCGCAUGCUCUUCGACCGAGGAACGACUUACAGAAACGACUACCACGGCUUUGAACUAAAGCCUCCGGUCUUCACUGUGUAUAAGGAGAAGCCGACGUGUCUGACCGCUAGGCCUCCGCCCCUCAAAGACGUCCACACACUGUCUAGCUGGAAGGAUCAGGCGAUACCGUUUAACUUGCUACACAAACCGCGCCCCAUCAUCGAUACAGACCCUAGGGAACCACAACUGAUUGCUAAGAAAACUGAAGACGCGGGUAAGGAGAAUGCUAUCAAGACCAGACCCCGUCUUGUGAUGACUCCAGCAGUCAGCAUGGAUGAUAUCGAGAACCCUCGCGCGCGGGAGAUCCUCUGCAACGAGAUGUACACCAGCACCAUCACGAGAGCCACCAGGGAGGCAGCCGCGAGCUGCGAUAAAAUAAAAGCGCCGUUUUUAGGACAUCCUUCUCCUUCCAACCCGAUAACCCUGCCCAAACUGAACCCACCGUACGUGUCUCCGGAGUGGCGCAUGGAGACAGUGUCCUGGGACAAGCGCCAGCUGAGGACCUACUGCGAUCCCACAAAGGAGUUCUGGCUUGCUAGAGGAUCCCCAGAGUGCAGACCUUGCAUAGACACAGCCAAAAUAAUGGCGCACAGGAAACGUAUUUGUCAGAGGGAGCUUGAAAAGAGGACGCGCCGACCCCCAUCAUCAGAACCACGCCCUUGGUUAUGCAGAAACGAUACGAGAAACCGGUAGACGACAUGCGACUAGAAGUACAAAAGACUCGUCCAAAGGUUGUCAUGGCCCCUGCUCUAUCCAUGGACCAAGUGGA